AUGUGCAUGGCAGAGCCCGCCUGCCAGCUGUUUGUGGCCGACAGCCUGUGCUGCCUGGGCUACGGCAUCAUCCAGCACGCCGCCGUGCGCAUGUGGCUGGUGUGCAACGCGGACGUGUACCUGCCGGAGCCCAAGUGCCUGACGGUGUACGACAACCUGACCAGCCAGGUGAUCCCCCAGAUCGACCCGGAGGACCCCGACACCCUGACAGCCGUGAAUGUGACCGUCAUCGACGCCCCCAACGCCCGCUCCGAAGAGCUGCUGGUGGAGCUUCCCCUGGCCUAUUACAUCGUGCCGCGCGGGCGCACCCCCGGCCAGCUGGCGGUGCAGCUUGACAUGGAGGAGGCGAGGUCGACAUACGCGGAUGGCCUGUGCAGCCUGCGGCUGCGGGAGCCUUGCGAGUGGGAAGGAGUGGCGUACGAGGCGGUGGGCGAUGUGCAGCGGGUGCCCCUCCUAUCAGUGCUGAAUGUGGGGGAGACGCUGGAAGCGAUAGACCUGGUUGACCGGGUCCUGAUCAGGGGCGAGGACCUCUCGCCGCCGCCGCCGCCGCCACCAUCGCCAGAGGGUGAAGAUGGCGACGACGAUGACGACGAUGAUGAUGACGACGACACGCGGCGGCGCACGCGGCGGCGGCGGCGCCUCUUCUCGUGGCCGUGGGGUGCCGCCGUCCCCGCUGCCGCCCCCGGCAUGUAUGAGCCGGCGCCCGCGCCGGCGCCGUGGGCCGAGCGGCGGCGGCGCUUGCACGACGCGGCGCACCUGGCAGUUACCCGGAAGCUGCUGCAGGACCUCAUUACCAUGGAGGGCGCCGCCAGCGACCCCAUGGUGGUGGCGGCACAGGCGGCGCGGGGCAUAGACAUCACAGCAGUCCGCAUCCUGCCGCGACUGCUGGCCGAGGCGCGCAGCGUGGGCGGAGACCUGCCGCAGCCGGAUGUGGAUGAGGACGACCUGCCGCCGCUGACCGACACCACCGUCCCCACCAACUUCUCCUCAAUCGACUUCUUUGCCAACGACUGGUUCAUCAGCUGGAUCCCUGGCAACAGCUCCUACAACGACUCCUACACCCCCACCGCCUGGACCGAGGCCUGCCUCAUGACCAGCGCCGCAGAGCUUCCAGAGAGCUUCCUGCUGGGAAACUUUGAAGAGCUGUACGGAUAUGAGGACGACUGCGACCCAGACUCGCUGCCAGAUGUCAGCCCCACCGAGCUGACCUAG